AUGUUUCAAAGGUCCGAAACAGACAUUAUCGAAGAGAAUGAUUUGGAUUGGUUUGGCUUACGCUUUUGUGAAGAAUAUGAGGAAGAAGAAGGUGGGGGAGAUGACAUGGGGAAUACGGUUGAUGAAGGUGGUGGAGAUGCCAUGGAGAAUACAGUUGAUGAAGGUGGGACAUCAAGUUUGGAAAAGACGGAAAUGGCAACUGACGAAAUGAAUGAUACCAACCAAUUUUCUAAGUAUGAUUUAAACGAAAACCCAUUGUUGUUGAGUAGAGAUGGCAUGGUUGGGCAUGUUUUUCAAUCACUGGACAUGGCUGAAGAAUUCAUUCAUGAAUAUGCAAGAUUCAUUGGGUUCAGCCUACGUAAAAGUAUCAUGCGAAAAAAUACUACAGGUGAUGUACGUCAACGUCAGUGGGUAUGCUCCCGCGAGGGCUGGCGAUCUGAAAUGCAUGUGGGAAGGCUUGAUAGAACUAGGGAGCCUAAGCCAAUUAGUCGAGUGGGAUGCAAGGUUUGCUUUCGAGUGAACUUGGUGAAGGGUAGUACGCAUUGGAUAUGCAAAGAAUUCAUCCCAAUUCAUUCUUACAACAUUGUAGCAGACAACCAUAAACAAUUCCUUCGGUCCAAUCGGAUAAUGACACAAGGAACCUUGACGACUGCACAAAUAAUGAAGGAGUCAGGCAUAAGAACUUGCCACGUCAUGUCAUACAUGGCAAAGCAAAUGGGUGGUUAUGAGAAGCUUCCAUUCACACCAAAGGAUCUUUACAAUCGAAUAUCCCAUGCUUCAAAAGUUGAGUUUAUCGGUUCCAAUGCAGGGCGGGCAAUCGGAUAUUUAGAGCAUAAAGCUGAUGAAGACCCUGGUUUUUUUGGACAGUUUUCGUACAAUGAGGAUAAUCGUCUUCUUAAUCUAUUUUGGGCAGAUGGGAGAUGUAGAUCAGACUAUGAAACAUAUGGCCAUGCAGUAGCUUUUGAUUCGACGUACAAGACUAAUAGUUAUGGGAAGCCGCUGCUGAUAUGGAUAGGAAUUAAUAACCACUAUACCACAUGCAUUUUGGGCUUUGCCAUUCUUGACAAUGAGUCUGCCAGCAACUACAAGUGGGCGACAAGGGCUUUCCUGGAAUGCAUGGGAGGUGUUCUACCGAAAACAGUAGUGACAGAUGGAGACGAAGCUAUUGCUAACACGCUACAGGAGUUGAUGCCUAAUGUACCCCACCGAUUGUGUUUACCAAAAUUGGUAUUCCGGUACUACACAAAGGACGAGUUUGAAGAUAAAUGGUGCAACUUAGUGAAAGAUUUUGGGAUACAAGGCACUGAAUAUGCUGCAAAGCUUUAUGCAGACAAGGAGAAGUGGGCUGAAACAUUUCUGAGAGGGAAUUUCUUCUGUGGAAUGACAACUACUCAACGAAGUGAAGGUAUUAAUGCGGUGUUGAAGAAAAAAGUGAAUCAAAAGUUGAAGUUGUACGAGUUCGUCAGGGGGGUCAACAUGACCUUAUCUUUAAUUAGACAACGUGAAGCAAAAGAUGAGUACAUUACACUUCACACUAGUCCCCAGCUCGGGAAGACAAAUUUGCCACAGAUAGAGGAUGAAUUAGCAAAUCUUUACACACGGAACAUGUUUUACAAGGGACGACACCAGAUGUUGAAAGAAGGUAGGUACAUGGUGAAAACCCUAUUGGAGGAAGAGGAUGCAAUCAUUUUGAAGCUUCACAAGUAUGCUGCUGAACAAGUGAAGAGGCAUGUAUAUGUAACACCGGAGCGUGAUCUCUUUGUUUGUGAAUGCCAAUAUUUUUUGUCAUAUGGGAUACCAUGCCGGCAUAUAUUUGCUUCAAUAAAACGACUACACAUUACUUCAAUGCCUCGAGCACUAAUACUAUCUCGGUGGAUGGUUGAGACUAAACAGACUCACAAUUUUCCAAUUGGCAAUAUGGACGCUACCUUAGACAAACGAGAGGUGGAGAGUGCAAGAUUUGGUGCAAUUAGUAGCCAGUUGGGUGAACUUGCGUAUCUUGGAUCGAGGAAUCAGUCGACAUACCAUAUUGCAAAAAGUGAGAUUGACAGAUUAUGCGGUAAGCUUAAAGCAGUUGUGGACAUGGGAGACAAGGAGAUUAGCCAUAACCUGCCUCUACACAGGGAGUUUCAAUUCCCAGUGUUGGAUCCAUACUUCACAAAAAGUAAGGGUACAGCAAAGGUACCUGGCUCGAAAAAAUGUACUCGCCGCAAGUGUAGUAUCUGCCAGAAAAGUGGACAUAACAAGUUGACUUGCCCGAUAAAAUGGAAGAAGGAUCACCGGAUUGGAGAGUCAGAUGAAUAUGAAGAUGCAGAAGAAGAUGACCAAUGCUAUGAAAUGGGAUUGAAUGAUGAAUGGGCUGGGCAAAACUCAAUGGACUACACACAACAUGAGAAUGAGACAGAAAAUGAUGUUGUUGACGAUUUAGGCAGUGAACUACAGAAUGAUAAAGUGAAUAAAGUGGGAACACAGGUUGAGGAGGGAAACAAUUGGUGGAAAAGUCCUUUCUGA